AGCUGCCGGAGGCGGUAACGGUCGGAUGUGUGAGUUGGUCGGCGCGCAGCGGAGAGAGGAGCCGAUCGGACCGCGGAGCCCGCUGAUGUGAAGCAGCAGCAGCGUUUGGAGGCUCCAUCAUCUGCGUCUCAACCCAGGAGCCAUUAAACAGGGUCAGGGGGAGGUGUCAGCCAUGGAGGGCGACUGUCUGAGCUGCAUGAAGUACCUGAUGUUCAUCUUCAACUUCUUCAUCUUCCUGGGCGGCUCCUUCCUGCUGGGCGUGGGCGUCUGGGUUCUGGUGGACCCGAUGGGCUUCAGGGAGAUCGUGGCGGUGAACCCGCUGCUGUUCACGGGGGUCUACGUGGUUCUGGCCAUGGGGGCGCUGCUGUUCCUGCUGGGCUUCCUGGGCUGCUGCGGCGCCAUCAGGGAGAACCGAUGUCUGCUGCUGUUUUUCUUCAUGCUCAUCCUCUUCAUCUUCCUGGCGGAGCUGGCAGCUGCCAUCUUGGCGUUCCUCUUCAGAGAACACCUAACCAGAGAGUAUUUCACCAGGGAGCUGAAGCGUCACUAUCAAGGCCGCAACAACACCGACGUGUUCAGCUCCACCUGGAACGUCGUCAUGACUACGUUCGACUGCUGUGGCGUCAGCGGUCCGGAGGACUUCGAGGAGAGUCUCUUCAGGCUCCUGAGCCCCGCCAAGAUGGUUCCUGAGGCCUGUUGCCAGAGGAACGGUUACCUUGGAGACGGCGGCGUGGAGCAGUGCGUCAGCGGCAGCGUGGCCUUCCGACACAACCGGGGCUGUUACUCGGCGAUGGUGGAUUAUUUUGAGACCUACAUCUACACAGCAGGAGCUCUGGCCAUCGUGGUGCUCACCAUCGAACUCUUCGCCAUGGUGUUUGCAAUGUGUUUGUUCAGAGGAAUCCAGUGAACAGACUCUUCGUCUUCGUCUCCAUCAGCAGGAAGACGAAGCAAACUGUAAAAUAUGAGGCGUCUGUACAGUGGUAGUUUGUGUGUCGUUGGUUUUGUGAUCACAUCAUUUUGUACUUUGCAGCAGCAGGUUUCUGAGGUUCUGCUGUGAACAACACAAAGAUCAGAAGGUUCUGUUCUGUUUGUGGACCCAGAACCGACCUGAGUCCGUUAAACUGCAGCUGGAAACCCAGCAUAGAGAUCUGUGAGCCGGACUUGGUCGGGUUCUCUCCAUCACGGACUUUAAAAUCCGUCGGCUCAUCAGAGUUUGCACAUCGAUGCAGGAUUCAGUGUAAAAUAUUCUAAAGCGUAUUUAAGUUAGCUGUGAGUGUAAAUAAUGUUUGUGUUCUUCGUGGUGAUAAAGUUCAUUUAAUCCGUGGAUGUAAAACUGGAAUCCAGACUCUGUUCCUCUCAGUGUGUUUGUAUAAACAACUGAUGGUCAUUAAA